AUGCAGGAAGCGAACGCGAAUGUUCAUGAAUUGAUGGUUAGGCUACAAGAUGCGUUCCAAGAAGCCGCGGAAGCCAGGAUAGAAGCGCAAAUGGAGAUGGAGAAACGUACGAAAGCAGAAGUGAUAGCCAUUAAAGCCAUCCAGAGGUUUAAACAAUGCAAAACUGCCUUCAAAGAAGCAGCCAAACAGAGGGAAGACACAAGCUCGCUCUUAAGACUUGCGAAACACCAGUGUCAACAAGUCGCAAGGCAACGGGACGAAGCCAUGGAAGAGCUGGAAACGAUAGGCGAAAAAUUAAGAUCACUGGAAAGAGAAGUUAAUGAGGCUUUGCGAGAGCGGCGUGCAAAAAUGGAAGAACUUGAAGGAGCACGGCGAAAGAUCACCGCUUUAGAGGAACAAAACCGCCAAAUUUUCCAAGAGAAGGACGCUGCAGUUAAACGACUCAAAGGCUACCUGAAUUCAAGCUCCGGAAUCAAAAGCUAUUCAGUCUCUUUCUCCAAUAACCUAACAUUCAGCGAAUAUUCAUGGAACGAUCUCAGAGCCGCCACUGUAGAUUUCUCCGAUCGUUUCAAACUCGGAGAAGGAGGCUACGGCGCGGUGUACAAAGGCGAAAUCAAAGAAACAAGAGUCGCGGUAAAAAUUAUGAGGAAGGAAGGAUUACAGGACCUGCGGGAGUUCCAAACCGAGAUGAAUCUUUUAAGCGACAUUCGGCACCCGCAUUUGGUACGAAUAGUAGGCACCUGUUCUGAGCGAGGAGGUAUAGUUUAUGAAUAUAUGACCAACGGAAGCCUGUUAGAUCGUCUCAGCUGCAAAGACGCCUCUCCACCGCUCCCCUGGCACGCCAGAAUUCGUAUUGCUGCUGAAAUCUGCUCUGCUUUACAAUAUUUACACAGUUUAACGCCAAAUCCAAUCCUCCACCGGGAUCUUAAACCCCAGAAUAUACUCCUGGACGAGAAUUAUGUAUGUAAGAUCAGCGAUUUCGGCAUCGCUCGAAUUCUUCCAGAAACUAAGUCACGGAAAACAACAGAUUAUAUGGAUCCCGAAUACCUGAGAAGCGGCAAAUUCUCUACAAAAUCCGACAUUUACAGUAUGGGAGUGAUCAUCCUUCAGAUUCUGACCGGAAAACUGGCGUUUGGGCUGGUGAAAGAGGUGGAACUCAUAAUGCAGAGCGGUAAAUUGAAGGAGGUUUUGGAUCCUAGUGCAGGCGAAUGGCCAUCUAUGCAGACCACUCAGUUGGCUUAUUUCGCCUUGCAUUGCACUGAAUCAGACAUAAAUAAAAGGACAGGCCUUGAACCAGACGUCAUGAAAUUCUUGGAUAAUCUUCGAAAAUUUGCAGUCGCGGCAACGAACCCCUGCAGGCCCGUUGAAUGCUGCGAAAAGUCGGUGCAAAUUGCUCAGGAGCCACACAAGCCGACCUUCUUCGCGUGUCCAAUUUUCAAGGAAGUUAUGGAGAAUCCUUACGUGGCAGCGGACGGUUUUACAUACGAAAAGGAGGCAAUCGAGGGAUGGUUCCGCAGCGGACAUGACACGUCGCCCAUGACAAAUGUGAAGGUUGAUAACAUGAAGCUUAUUCCAAACCAUUCCCUGAGAUCCGCCAUCAGACAGUGGCAAGAAAACGGCGAUUUUAUGCAUUUAUUGAAUGUGAAUGAAUAA